AUGCGCGGGCUGGCGCUUUUGGAGGACGCAUGGCGCUCGGCAAAGCUCAUACAAAUUAAGAAUCGGCCCAGAGAACUGGCAACUGCACAACGCUUCGUAUCUUGCGCGGAGGUCCGGCAGUUGUGCGACCAGUUCCUUGAUUACCUAACCAACGAUGAUGUGGUUGCGGACAUCGCCGGGCAAUUAGCGUUCAUUAGUUGGGAAUCCACCCUCACGAGUCUGGCUUCUGGCGCGGCCUAUCUUAUUUUGAUACUGCAGAGCAAGGAUGAUGAUGUAAGCACUGCCGAAAUCAAGAUGAUGCUGCUUAACAUCUCGGUGAAUGUGAUGGAGCUGAUGGGCAAAGUUUGCCUUCCAAAUGCCAAACCGGGUUAUGCGUUGUUGACUGCGUAGCGAGGAUAUCAUCGUCAUCACGAAGAACACUUCUGCUGCUGCGAACAUGCUGUUCGUGCAAAUACAAUGUAUGUACUGCUAACUUUUGCUGACGCAUAGCUCUAUGCUCGGGAAUGUUGCGCUCGAUGUAGGAAGUCCCUCAAGGACGGUUGAAUCGGCAUUUUUGCUCAGUACGGUACGAGCGCGCUUCGCCUCACACGCUUCCAGCGCAGAUGCUUAAAAUUUCUUUUUCCUCCGAUGCUAAUAUUUGCUUGUUUGAUCUGUGUUCCGGAUAUGCCUUACUUCAUUCAUGCUUGUUAG